UAUAAUCUCUGCUUCAAAAGAUGAUAAUGAUUACAAUAAGCUGCUAUUUCACCCCUUAACUCAAGCUGCAGCAAAGCGACCAUCGAUGGCAGGAAUAGGAAUAAUCGACCAUCCUAUCGCAAUCACAUUCAUUUCCGAUCCAAUUAUCGGCGGUUUGUGUGAUCGUUUGUCUGAAAAUCAACCGCUUGUUAAGACGGCGCAACAGCUUUUGGAGGCACUCCGAGAUUCUAAAGUGCUUGAGGAUGGCACUCUCAACGAUGAUGCACUCAAGCAUUUUUCUCUUGUGCUGAAAACAUGGCGGAAUAGACAUUUCAGGAACGGGAUUAAUGAAAUAAUUCACCAACCGGCUUGUGUUCUGCCCUCCGUCAUAGAAGAGCUUUCCAAUGGAGUCACAUCUCAAAAAAUUGAACAACGGAUGUGUAGUAUGAAAGGGGACCUCAAAUUGAGGCGUAUUCUGGAGAUUGGCCCAAACACUCCUCCUGCUACAAUGAUAAGGGGACUCGUGCUCGUUGUAAUCGGGUAUUGGAGUUAUAAGAAGCUGCCCGUUGAAAAAGAAAUAUGUGAAGAUGAUGAAUGUGAUGUCGGAGAAGACAAUGUCGGUGGUGUUUUAUAUGACGAGAAACUUAUGAUGGAAAGAGAGGAACAUAAUGAGUGGUUGAUGAAGUAUGGCAGUCCUAUUCAGAAACUCGAAGAAGAACCAACCAUUGAAGAGUUGGCCGAUGACUUAGAGAAAGAUUUGUGCCUUCGUGAAAAAGCACAACAAUGUAUGGAAUUCCUUCUCAACUAUGAUCCGGACAAUGACACUGAAGCUCGUUGUUUUGUAUCUGAAUAUGGGCAACGAGCAAAGGUUCGAGAUAUAUUGGCUACAAUUAACGAGAUAAUUGGAGAUCCCGGGCUAGAAUGUUACAAGAAACGAAUUGAAAAUAAUGAAGUUGGUCCUGCUCUCAGGUCGAAACUGAAAGCAGCCGAUGAUUAUGAGAUUGCUAUUGCUAAGGCAAACGACAACAUAAAGGGUGUUCUUCGUUACAGCACUAGAUUUGCCUGUGAUCUAAAGGUCCUCCAUGUUUGUCUAAUUCUAAAAGAUAUAACCCAAUCUAAUUUACAAAAUCUGCAAACAGAUUUCCACCACCAUCCGCGUACCAGCCGCCUCUUCCGGCCAUCGCCACCGUCUUUAGAUCCCAGCCUUGACACUCGCAUGGUCAGCUUCUCCGCCCUCUUCUCUUAUCCCCACGAGUUAAUCUCCAUGUCAGUUAUCAUUAGCAACAACUCCGGCCUGAAUUCACACAUCUCAAAGCCCGGCGCAGCUGAGUACAAGGACGAUGUUCACCAUACCACGCAUAUUCACUCUCCGACUCCACGUACGGCGAGCCCGUUUCCAAAACUACAGCCCGGAGGAUGA